GUUCUCAUAUAUUUCUGAUCAAUGCAGAAGAGUAAGUGUUAAUUAUAAUGUAAUCACUUGCUAACAUAACUUGUAUUAAAAUUCCUCAAGAUAUAAACUCAGAACAAAGGCCUGGGAAACCUAUUACUUUUAUUUCCAAUCCUUCUUUUAAUGCUGAAGAACAGGGACCUAUUAGUACUACUACUACUACUAACAGUCCUACUGGACCUGAAUAUGUAAUUGAUUUAGGAGAGGCACUUAGGAAGAUGCCCAACAAUCGUCGCUCUCCUUACAGUACUGGUAUAGUAGAUCAACUGAAUGAUGCCAACUACGAAAUGAAUGGUGAAAAAGGAAGUGAUAAAGACAAGGAUAACAUAUUCUUUAAACGGUUUAUGAAACGCCAUCCCAAGUGGAUCUCAAGAAUAGGGGUUGUUUUUAUGUUUGUCUUUUUGAUUUCUAUUCUUCUGGUCUUGCCGUUAACAAUUGCUGGUAUCAAUAAGAAUCGCACAGAUCAACAGUCUGCAAAUGAUUUACCUUCCUUUACGACGGAUCAUGACUCUCCUAUUUCCUUUGAUGACACUGCUCGAGUUAACAGCUUAACUCCUCCCUUGAAUGAAAAAUUCCGUUAUAAUGCUGAAGAUCGUAUUCGUGGUAUUAACCUGGGUGGCUGGCUAGUACUUGAACCCUUCAUUACGCCUAGUAUCUUUGAACAAACGAUGACUAAUAACACGGUGACGAUCGUUGAUGAAUGGACUCUUUGUAAACAAUUGGGGCCCAUCGAAGCCAAAAGUCAACUUGAGAGACACUAUAAGACCUUUAUUACUGAGGCUGACUUUAAGAAGAUUGCCAUGAUGGGCUUUAAUCAUGUUCGUAUCCCCGUUGGUCAUUGGGCUAUUAGCGUCACUGAUGACGAACCCUAUGUUCCUGAUCUCUCCUGGCGAUAUCUUUUGAAAGGUAUUGAAUGGGCUCGCAAGUACGGACUGCGUGUCAUGGUUGAAUUGCAUACAGCACCGGGUUCUCAAAACGGCUGGAAUCAUUCUGGACGUCAAGGUUCUAUUGGCUUUUUGAAAGGUACGAAUGGGACUACGAAUGCUAAACGAACAACAAAGAUCGUUAGUGACAUGGUAGAGUUCUUUAACCUUCCUGAAUGGUCCAAUGUAGUGACCUUAUUUGGUGUCCUGAAUGAGCCGGCCAUGAUGUCAAUUCCUCCAGAGCAGGUUAAAAAAUGGUACCAUACAGUUUAUGAUCAAAUUCGUAAGGCCUUAAAGGAGACUCUAGGUCCUCUUUUAUCUUUUCACGAUGGUUUUAUGCCUUUAAAUCAAUGGGCUGGUUUUUUUAAGAAUUCUUUUCAAAAUACUAUUAUAGAGACACAUUUGUAUUUAAUUUUUAAUAAUGACUUGGUAUCGAUGCCAAAAAAAGUUCAAUCCGAAUUCCCUUGCAAUGCAUGGAAAAAAGAUCUUCAAGAAGUGUCUACAAGUGUUGGACCUAUGAUGGUUGGCGAAUUUUCUCUUGCUACGAAUGAUUGUGCCAAAUACCUAAACGGUAUAGGUUUUGGUGCUCGAUAUGAUAAUACUUAUGAAGAAGAUAGUAAUCCAAAUUGUCCUAGUUGUACCUGUAAAGGUGUAGAUGACUGGGAAAAUUUCACAAACGAUUAUAAGCAAUUUUUGUUACAAUUUUUGGAAAAACAAAUGGAUGCAUAUGAAUCAAGUCUUGGAUGGUUCUUUUGGACUUAUAAAACCGAAGAUCACGUAAAUCCUCACUGGGAUUAUUCCCUAGCUUGGGAACAAGGAUUUGCUCCUUCCGAUUUUUUUCUUUUAUCUUACCUGGAUUGUUAAUAUUAUAUUUGAAACCUCUUUGAUAAUUAAAUGAAAUAUUUCCUUUUUUUAUUAUUUUAGUAUUCUAUUAUCGAUUUUUUGUUUUGCUGCUCUGUAGUGUUAAUAUGUCUUUGUAUAUCGAUUGAUAUAAAAAAAGCAGUUUUCUAGUUUUAAUUUGAAACAAGUAUAGAUCUUUUGUUUAUUAAUCAUAUUUGUAAUUCUAGAGUUCUCCCAUAAUGACUACUAUACUGUAGAGGAUAUUAUCUACGCGUCAAUUAGAAAAAAAAAAAAGAAAGGAGAGAGAGAAGGAGAGGGAGAAAGAAAAGACCUUGACAUUAUAAAUAUUUAUUCGCGGUGAUAUGUGAUCUUUAAUUCAAUCUACACCGUCAUCAUAUUAUAAUGAUUAUUAAUAUUUGAAUAAGCCAUAAUAAUUUAAUACAAC